GGGGCAACACGGCUCAGUCACCGAGUGGCAGCAUGGUGGUCCCGGACAGUGCCAGCCUGGUCUCUCACCCUGCCAGGUCCAGCGACCUCCCUGAGAGCUCCGAUGCAGGGUGCCCAGAGGCCGGGGAGAGCGGUCCAGACMUGGCAGGGAUGGAGCUGGAGGAGGUCCGAAAGCUGCAGGAGCUCGUCCGCAGGCUGGAGAUCCAGAACGAGACGCUGCGCACCAGGGGAGUCAAGGCGGCCGUCCCCAACGGAGCCGUCGGCGACGGYGUGAACGUCAACCAGAGGCUGCAGCUCAGGCUGGACCACAGCGGCGAGCGGUGCGGCAUGGACUCCAAGCUCUCGCCGCCUCUGGAAGGCAGCAGCAGCGAGGAGACGUCCCCUUCCGCUGUGGCCAGCCGCUUGGAGGAAGAGGACGAGGAUCUGGGUCCGCCKUGUGGGGGCUUUCUGUCCCUGACCUGUAGGAAUGGAGCGGGGCAGCCUGAGACACCGGAGAGCCCAUCUCAGGGGAGCUGUGAGUCAGAGACACUUGCGGACAGCGACUCGGGGGUGGAUCACACCGCGCUGGACGAGGUGGACGUCCUAGAUUUGCAGGAYGAGUGUGCAGACGUAGAGGACGAGGACAGCUGGUUGUACGUUUCUCCUAAAAAACAAGUAGUGGAUUCAGGUCCAGACUCUCCGUUGACGUGGUGUCGGCAGGUUCUGGAUCAUCGCAGCCCAGAGACAGAAAUGGCUUGUCGGACGUUGAUCAACCGUUUGGAUCAAUCGUCUCGAUGGAGGAACAUGUACAGCAGCGCAUCGGAGGCGGGGUCAGCGAGCUCUGGCCUGAUCUCUCCUGGGUACCACAAAUCAACUAACAAAUCCCUACUAACUUUGGGCAGCUCAGGUGUCCCAAGUGCACAGUCGGCCCUCAGCUCGCAGUCGUCUAUAGACAGUGAGCUCAGCACRUCAGAUGACUCCAUCUCUAUGGGCUACAAGCUCCAGGAUCUCACUGAUGUCCAGAUCAUGGCUCGCCUGCAAGAAGAGAGUCUGAGGCAGGAUUGUGCCUCCAGCUCGGCGUCUGCAUCCCGCCGCAGCUCCACCACGUCCCUGCACUCCCUGCGUCGCGGUGGAACCUACAGCGACCAGGAGUUUGACACCUACAGUCUGGAGGACGAAGAGGACGAGCUCAGCUCCGUGCCGCAGCGUCGACAUCGCUUUACGCCUUCGCCUUUAGGCUCGCCCCGGUGCCUCUCUCCAUCCACCUCCAACCACGGCCAAGAAACCAGCAGGCGACUCGGGGCGCCGUGCACAAAGACGCCCAGACGGUCUCUUCAGGGCCCCAGUGCAGAGCUGCUCAAAUUUGCCAAGAGUGAAGAGGAGUUGAGGCACAGCAUGCCUAAUCUGGCCCCGCGCACCAGCCUGCGCUCCUUGGAGGCUGUCAGAAACAGCCGCAGCAUGGAGGCUAACCUCCAGAGCUCUGGCAACCGCAUGUCUCACCUGCCUCACUCCCCCUCCACAGGUACGGUUUGCAGUCGCCUGCGCCCCAACGGGCAGUCCCCCCUCUCUCUGCGGACGCCAGUCAAAGCCGUCACCCCGGUGGGCUCCAUGUCAGCUGGUCGUCAGUCCUCCAGAGGUCUGCCCAUUAUCCAGGCACUGCCUACAGGAGGGGGCCGCAGGGUCCAGUCCAUAGCAUCUGCUAACGGCGGGGCCUACGGACCCGGGAGAGGCUCAGUUGGGGCAGGGAGGCAGGCAGUGGGUCGAGGCCAGGCCGCGACGUCACUCUCCACGAGAAGCAAACUCUCGCAGCCUUCCAGAAGGUCUUUGGGCAUGGCUAAAAUCUCCGACGAGUCCUGGAAAGAUGGCUGUUACUGAUGAAGGGCCCUUCAACGUCCACCUGACUUCUCCUCAGUUCAGGAAAAAAAAAACUUCCACUGUGUCCACAAAUGUGUUGCACAAACUGAUUCCUCAUUCCAGACUGGAGCGCUGGGCUGCACUGGAUUUGUAGUUAAAUAUCUUGUUCCCUGCAUGAACCGUCGUUAACCCACACACACACACACACACACACAAAACGAAAACGAUGUGUAGGCAGACAAGGAUAUAGGCACUCAAUUUGUUAUAUGGACCAACUUGAACUUUCCUAAAAUAUGUUUGUGUCAAUUUGACCUAUUUUUGUAUGGUAAUCGUGAGAAACUGCUGGAAUUUUAAGGGUUGUGUUGUACUGUUAUUGCUGUUAUCGAUUUGAAGACAAUUAAAAUGAAGCUAUUGCUGAUUUGUACAUUAUCUGUGUGAACUACUAGAUGAAGGUACCGAGUGUUGCAUGCUGGGUUUAGUUGUUUUCCUUUAGCUGCGCAGCUCUGUCGAUUUCUAACUGCAAUAUGACAAAUCCUUUUCUUUGUGUGUCCCAACAAUUAUCUGUGGAAAAACGAUAAAUAUUUGAGUGAUGAGUCCUUUAAAUCAGUGCUGUUUGUGUUUUGCUCUUUGCUUACACGACUAAACGACCCUUGUAAACCACACUGCCCUUACAAAAGAGGUUUUUUUUUCUAAAAAAAAAAAAAAAGAAGAAGAUAGAGAAAUAUGGUUUGUGCCAAGGUGCAUUACAGCUGCAAGUUUUAUACUUCCAUGAUUAACUUUGAACAAUUGAAGGUACUGUUACAGCACUGAGUUUUCCAAGCAUUUGGACUGCAUAUGUAGAUGUGGACUGAACAUCUGUCUUUGGAAACCACUGUAAUAAAAGGAAUUGUUUAUGCACAAAGGCUCUGUGCCUUGGUCAGCUAUGCACCCUCAUGGAGUGCCUCUGAAAUGUAGGAGCUGUAAUAAAAAAUGAAUAAAGUCUACUCUGAAGUUGUA